AUGAUGGCUACGAAUACAGGCAAUUGGAGUCUGUUGCUUGCUGACAAAGUGGUCUUUUUGACCGGUGGCGCUGGGUAUGUUGCACAACAUAUUGCUCAAACAUGUUAUGCUCACGGUGCUUUUGUGGUUCUGGGUGAUUUGAACAUUGAAGCAAUUAAUAAAGUCAAGGACGAAAUUCUUGCCUCUGACGAUAGCAACAAUAAAGAUCGGAUACUGACUGUUCCCCUUGAUGUUACUGACGAACGAAGUAUUGAACAAGCUGUGAAAUUAACACUAGACAAGUGGAAAACGAUCAAUGUUCUAUUUAACACUGCCGCCAUGUUUCUAACGGCCGAUGUUGAACACGCCUCAUCUGAUGACUGGUCUCGAGUGUUCGAUGUGAAUGUGCGUGGUUAUGCUCUUGUGGCUAAACAUGUUUCACCAAUACUCAAGAAACAAGGUAGCGGCUCAAUUGUCAACAUUGCUAGUAUCAGUGGUAUGGUUGCUCUCUCUCCUUACGUUCUGUACUCAACGAGCAAAGGUGCUGUUAUUCAAAUGACACGAAAUCUUGCACUUGAUUUGGGUUCAUUCAACAUUCGAGUCAAUUCAGUGAGUCCAGGUUAUAUCGAUUCGCCUACAAUCGAUCGAAUCGCCAAAGACUCUGGCACGAGCAAAGGUCAGUUGGAAGACAAAGUUAUCAAAAACAGCUGUCUAAAGCGAAUGUGUCAAGCACAAGAAAUUGCUAAUAUGAUGGUCUUCUUAGCUUCUGAUCUAUGUCCAUUUAUCACCGGAGCUAAUCUAGUCGUUGAUGGUGGAUACACUACUAUUUAA